CGGAUAAAAGGGCUGUCGGACGAGAGUGGAGGGUAACAUCUUCCCCUCACGGUCUUUGGAUUUGGACGUGGGCUCUCGAAUCUCUCGGGUGGGCGUGAUGGAUUCUUGGCGCCGCUUCUUCAUCGGCUCGAUGAUCUGCGGCCUUCUGCCAGGAACCUGCGUGUGCUUCAACCUGGACGCCAAGCGGGCGCAGAUCUUCCGAGGCUGGGAGGAGAGCCACUUCGGCUACACGUUACGACAACACAAGGCGCAAGGACGACGAUGGCUCCUGGUGGGUGCCCCCCAGGCCUGGACGGACGACCAGCAGACGGGCGACGUGUUCAGGUGUCCCGUGGACGCCGUUUUGAAUUCCGGCGGCGCCUGCAGCCGCCUGCACCUGGGAAACGUGUCGGUGGACAACGUGAUGGCGCAGCGCAAAGACGGGAUGAGACUGGGAAUGACGCUCACCACGGAUCGCAAGGACGGAAGCUUUGUGACGUGCGGCCCGCUCUGGUCUCACGAGUGCGGGAGCUCCGUCUACACGUCGGGAGUCUGCGCACACGUGGGAGAACACUUCCAAAUCCUGGAGACGGUUAUUCCCGCUUUUCAGAGUAAGUCCGUGCGCGUUGGUCUCCACGGAGCAUCCGUAGGUUCUGCACAUCCACGGGCACGUGUGGAUCCGUCUGAUGUGGGCGCAGGGUGCGAGACCUUCGUGGACCUGCUGAUGGUGGUGGACGGCUCCAACUCCAUCUACCCGUGGUCGGACGUCACAGACUUUCUGGUCAACAUUCUGCGCAAGGUCAACAUCGGACCCGGGCAGACUCAGGUAGGCGUGGUGCAGUACGGCUCCCGGGUGGCCCACGAGUUCCGUCUGGGCGAGCACCGGACGGUGGACGAGGUCCUGCGGGCGGUCGCCGACAUCAGACAGCGGGGAGGCGAGGAAACCCGCACGGCUUUAGCUAUCAACACGGCCAGGUCACGGGGGUUCAAGCGCGGCGGCCGGGCCGGCGCUCACAAAGUUUUGGUGGUGAUCACGGACGGAGAAUCUCAUGACAACGCUCAGCUUGAUGACGCGGUGGCGCGCUGCAAAAGCGACAACAUCACCAUGUACGCUAUCGCGGUUUUGGGCUACUACAACCGUCGCGGCAUCGACCCGUCGUCGUUCCUGAAGGAGAUCCGCUUCAUCGCCAGCGACCCGGACGAGGAUCACUUCUUCAACGUGACGGACGAGGCGGCGCUCAAGGACAUCGUGGAUGCGCUGGGAGAGCGGAUCUUCUCACUGGAAGGAAGCGACGGGCUGGGGCGGGGCUUCGGCCUGCAGAUGGCGCAGGCGGGCUUUUCCUCCCACCUCCUGCAGGACGGCCUCCUGCUGGGCGCGGUGGGCGCGUACGACUGGAACGGCGCCGUGCUCAAGCGCAACCCGCACGGAAAUCUCCUUCCCGAUCCGUCAGCCUACGGCGACCAAUUUCCCGAAGAGCUUCGGAACCACGCCGCCUAUUUCGGGUACUCACUGGGGUCGCUGCUGGGCUCGGGCGGGUCGGAGGUGGUGCUGGCGGGAGCGCCCCGCUUCAACCAUAGCGGCAAGGUCGUCAGCUUCACCUUGGAUCGCCGUGGAAACGUCGAGGUCCUGCAGGCGCUUGUUGGAGAGCAGAUGGGUUCUUACUUUGGCAGCGUGUUGUUGUCGAUGGAUGUGGACGGCGACGGGCUGAGUGACCUCCUCCUAGUGGCCGCGCCUAUGUACUGCAGUCAAGACGCACACGAGACGGGAAAAGUUUACCUCUACAAAGUCAACGCGCAAUCUCAGGCUCUGUUGGUGCCCCAGGGGGCGCUGCUACCGUCGCCCGCUCUCAAUUCCCGCUUCGGCGCGGCGCUGGUUCAAAUUCCCGAUGUCAACGCAGACGGCUUUAACGAUCUGGCGGUGGGCGCCCCGCUGGAGGACGGCCACCGGGGGGCGCUCUACCUGUAUCACGGCCACCAACGGAGCAUACGCCUGCGCCACACGCAGCGCCUUUGCGCAGCCGCCUUCGACACGGGACUCAAAUACUUUGGCCAAAGUCUUGACGCCGCCAAGGACGAUGACGGCGACGUGAGCGUCGCCGUCGGAGCACUCGGAGCCGCCGUCAUUGUCCGGUCUCGGCGGGUCGUGCGUCUGGAGUCCACGCUGACGUUCGAGCCUGAGAAAGUCAACGUUUUCCACAAGGACUGCUGGAGAGGAGGCAAAGCGGUCACUUGCAUGGCCGCCACGGUGUGCCUGCGGCUUCACGACGUGGCCGGCGUGCGCGCCACCGCCGGCCAACAUGUUGCAGCGCACUACCAUCUGAAUUUGGACGAGAAGCGAGUUCCUCAUCGAGCCGUCCUGGAUGAACGCGAAGGUCUUCAGACGAAAACCAUGACGCUCGCAACCGGAAGGCCACAAUGCCGGCGACACGCCUUCACAGUGCAGGACACGAUGGAUUAUAACCGUCCAAUCACGGUGGGGCUGGAGGCGGGGCUACGGAGCUCCGACGACGGCCCAAUCCUGGACCCUGAUUGGCCGAGCACACUGAAGGCCGAGCUUCCAUUUUGGAACGGCUGCAGGGAUGAAGACGCUUGUGUUCCGGACCUUGUCAUCGAGAGUCACACUGACCUCAUCAACUUUCAACACUGGUGCGCUUCCCCGGAAGGGUUGCAGCGCCGAGCGUGCCGCCAGCAGGGGGCGCCAGAAGACAGCUGGCUGGUGGAGACGACCCGGAGGAGGGUGGCACUCUCCGCCCGCCUGGAGAACCGCGGAGAGAACGCCUACAGGUCGUCCGUCCUGCUCUCCUCCUCGCCAAAUCUGCUUUUCGCCGGCCUCGUUGUCAUGGACCAAUCGGACGCGCAGAUGGAGUGCUUCCCUCAGGAGACCAAUCGGACCAGAUGUAACGUCAGCGCGCCUCUCAUGAAGGCCUCGUCUCGGGUGUUUUUCCGAGUGGAGUUUGAGUUCAGUUCUUCGGUCUUUCUGGACCACCUUCACAUCGCCGUGGCAGCCACCAGCGAAGGCCGAGACGCUUUCCCCGAAGACAACCACAACGACAUGACCCUCCCUCUCAAAUACGAAACGGACCUCCUCUUUACAACAGAUCAAAGCCCCGCCCGCUUUGUCAUCCAAUCCGAAGGCGAGGAAGACGACGCCUCCCCCGCCUUCAACGUCUCCUUCUACCUGGAGAACCUGUCGUGGUUCUCCGUUGAGGGCGUGGCAUUCUGGGCUCAAUUCUGGGCCGUGAGUCUCCAUGGCAACCAUCUGCUGACCCUCACCCACUGCGGCCUGGACCAGGACCACGACAUGGACCGUGACAAGGACCAGCCAGCCGCCUCCUGCGUCUUAACGCGGCCUGUUAUGCCGUUUCACGCCAUAGCAGAGGACCUGACGCACCUGACGCAAAUGAAUCAGAGUAACAGUGCGAGCAUGUCCGCGCGCUGCAGUGUGCGUCUUCCCGCCUCCAGGCAGGUGAAGUUGACUCUCAGAGGAAGACUCCAGCGACCGGUCCUGCGGAAGGUGGUCUUCAAGACUCUUAAGGUUUUGGUCAGUGCACACGUCCACUUGGACUCCUCCAGUUCCUUCUUCCUGCGGGAGGAGCAUCCAGUCCGACAGACGGCGGUGGAGCUGAUGAAGGCGCGGGCGUCGGGUGCCAUCUUGGUGGCGGUCAUCUUGGCGAGUUCGGCGGGGGGGUUCCUCGCUCUGGCUGUCAUCGUGCUCGCGCUCUGGAGGCUGGGCUUCUUCUCCAGAAAGAGGCGGAGUCAGGAACCGAAAGAGCCAGCAACCAAUGGGAAGCCAGCAGAGGGGCUGUGACAAUGGCGGCGGCGCGCGACGACAACGACGACGACUACAUUCUUUGGGUAGAGGGGGCGGAGCUCGGGGGAGGAGACUCGAGGACACCCCAUCCUGGCCACGCCCCUUGUAGUUACUUCCAUAAAAAAUGGCUGCCGGGAGCUCUAACCGCGGACGGGCCCCCUGGUGGCCGAGGAGAGGCGCGGCCAUAUUGGCCAGCGAUUUUGCGCUUUAGCAAUUAGCAUGAAUCGAAAUGAAGGGGCUAACAAAUUAGCGGUCAAAGUUUCACAACUAAAACUAAUGCUAACUUAGCAAAGAAAACUAAUCGGUGUCGAGAUCAUCUUGGCCAAAUUAGUACAAAUUUGUCCCACACUGGGGAAAUUUACAGCCUUUAGCAGCUAACUCAAAGUUAGCUUUAGCAAUUAAGCUUUGAUGGGGGAAAAAAAAACAAAAGUGGCUUGUCCAAAUUCAUAUUGGUGUCAACUUAGCAACAUUAAUAGCAACUUUGAAAUGUUAGCUUCCGCGACCGGUCUCAAUUUAGCCGAGUGACCUCCAGCAAUUCGCAUUGUGGGGCUUUUGUGCGAAUUUGCAACUCGGAAACCGCCGACAUGAAAAAAAACACAAACAUCAAGAACAUUUUCUGAAUGGAGGAAAAAAAAAUCAGUCACUCGUUUAAUGACUUUUUUUAGAAUUAUUUGACAUUUUGAUAAUAAAACAUUUGUCAUUGCCGUCCUUUGUCAUUGUUGUCGUUUUUUGUGUGGGUCUCGUCGCUGUUGUUUUUGUC